UACCAACCAGAGACGUUUCGAAAGAAGGACAUGCAUCAUGCGCUGUAAAACCCGGCUGGGUUCAUGGUGACCAUCCAAGGGAAAUCAUUUUUCAUGGGACGGGACCAUGGCACUCUUUUUCUUUCCUUGUAUCCCGCCCAAAUGGGCGUGCUCACGUGAAGAGAGGUCGCCGGAAAGCGGUCACGGUGGAGCGGAGAGCCAGACCCACACCUUCUCCUUUGUUUCUAGGUCCUGUUGUGCGAGGCCAACUCUCCAGGCAGCUGUCCAGGCACUGCAGCCUUCCAGGUAGCUCCUGGCUUAGCCUGCCUGUUCCCCAGCCUUCAGAAACAGAGCACAGCCCGAGAAAACACAUGUCUUCUUCUGAGCCCAUCCUGGACCUCAAGACAGACAUGGCAGAAGCACUUCCAGACCACAGCAACCCUGAGGAACUGAAGCAAAGCCACGAGACGAGGCAGGACCCAGGUAGCCCCAGCGCUGGGGAUGACUUUGCAAUCUCUGGCGCAAACAGCCAUGACAAACCCAGCCCAGCUCCGGCCAUGGAUGAGACCUUCCCAAGCAGAGACCCCGAGUUGGAGGCAAGGGAUCCCAGCCCCACCAACUCCUUGCCAUGGCCAGAAGCUCCCGAGGAGUGUCCAGCCCGCCCCAACACUCUGGACUUCUCCAAGUCCCUGAAGAAGCUAGAGGAGGUGAAGCAGACGGGGCAGAGGCGAAACAGUGACCACGCAGCAGUGAAGGAGAACGGGGUGGAGGUCAGCCCUGCCAUGGCAGUGGUGGUGAGCGAGGAGAGGCGGGCGCUGGAGUCCGAGCUGGGGAAGUGCAUCGAGGACUUCCGUAAGAUCAAGUUCCCCGUCACCUUUCCCAACAAGAAGCGGCAGUGGCAGAGCGAGCUGCUGAAGAAAUACCAGCUGUGAGAGGAGACCUUGUCCCCUGCCCUGGGGGAGGAUGUCCUCCAGUACGUUGAGCGUCUCCACCGAUGUCUCCUGGGUAGUAGGUGGCAGAGGCUGUCCACGCUCCCAAAAUGAGGAGUGUGAACGCCCAUCAGGAGGCCUUCAGGAGGGAUGCAUGAUAUUCUAAGUGGCAUAAGCAUAGGUGGAGGGGCAUAGAAAAAGGAAGGAGGCCCAGGGUGAAUGUUCAGGGCCAGAGCUACCAUCCAGCAGAAGUUCCU